CCAAACUGACCUAUCAUCCUCCCUCAGGACCUAGUUAGCUGUAGGGCGUUUUCUUCGCAAACUGACAUUUGAGUCCUUGCCUGUACCCAGUUUAACACAAAGUAGCGACAUACCCUGAAGUGUGUGGGUGAGACAAACUGCGCUGUUGGAUCUCCAGGCAGAUGGCGCUUCUUCAGGCCAAUAAGGAUCUCAUUUCUGUGGGGAUGAAGGAAUUCAAUAUUCUACUGAAUCAGCAGGUCUUUGACCAUCCUCUUAUUGCAGAAGAAGACUUGGUGGUUAUCGUGAAUGACUGGGUGAACAUGUACAUCAACUAUUACAGGCAGCGCGUGACAGGGGAGAAGCAAGAGCAAGACCGAGCUCUGCAAGAACUUCAGCAAGAGCUGAGGACUUUGGCCAACCCUUUCCUGGCCAGAUACAGAGCCUUCCUGAAGUCCCUGGAGGAGUCAAAUCGUGCAGUGCCUUCCAGCUAACCCAGUGACCUGGGCUUUCCUGUGUAAAAGCCCUUCGGUCCUGCUCUGUGCUCUCCUUGUCCUUGGGAGAUGGUCCUUCACGCUAUUACUAUACCUUGAUAUCCCAAUAAAUGCUGGUUUGACUGAA